CGCCACCAAGAUGGCGGCGUCCAUCCAGAACAGCGGUAUGCUUAUUCUAUGUUGACAAAAUACGAGCAAUAACUCAUCGAAACAAAGUUACACAUUUGCUGACAAAACAAAUAGCGCCGUUUUCGCUGCUGCACAUUGGCACAUGUGGGGGAUCGGCGUUUUGUCGGGUUUUAUGGCGGUUUGAGAGAGAGGGGAAUCCGGGCGUCUUACUGCCAUGGCCACCGACAACAGGAUUCAUUUCUGGAGAAGGAACGCAAAGGUUCCCGGAAGCUUACAGCCAGUAUAUGGAGCACAGCACCCCCCUUUGGAUCCACGGAGACACCGUCAAUUUAAAGACACUCCAAAAGCAAGCAUCGUCAACACCAAAUCCAAAAAGGCAUCAUCGUUCCAUGAAUUUGCACGCAGUACCAAUGACGCAUGGGACAUUGAUGAUGAAGAGGAUGAUGGUAUAUUCGGUCUCAAACAGACCUCAUCAUCACCUGUCCAAUCACGAUCCACGCCUCAAACUCCCAGCCUCAAACUCUCCAAAGCCCUUGAGGACACAGACACACAGCCCCCCCCACUGAACAAGCAGGAGCCAAUCAGCACAAAGCCUGAUGCAGAUCAGCUGGAUGUUGAGAGCGGUACGGCCAAUGGCAGGGUGGUGAAGUCCUGCAGCGAUGCUCAGCUGAAUGUCAACGCAGCACGUAGUACCCUACAGAAACAGCAGUCACUUCCCGUCCGGCCCCUUAUACCGCUGGUCGCCCGCAUUUCGGACCAAAAUUCCUCAGGAGCUCCGCCCAUGACAGUGAGGGAGAAAACUCGAUUGGAUAAAUUUAAACAGCUGCUUGCCAGCCCCAACACAGACCUGGAAGAGUUACGAAAGCAUAGUUGGUCAGGUAUGCCACGUGAAGUUCGGCCAGUCACCUGGAGACUGUUAUCAGGAUACCUUCCGGCCAAUAAGGAACGCAGGGAUCUGGUUCUCCAGAGGAAGAGGGAGGAAUAUUUUGGCUUUAUCGAGCAGUAUUACCACUCCAGAACAGACGACAACCACAGAGAUACGUAUCGACAGAUUCACAUCGAUAUCCCGAGGACAAACCCGUUGGUUCCUUUGUUCCAGCAGCCUCAGGUGCAGGAGGUGUUUGAAAGGAUUCUGUUCAUCUGGGCCAUCCGUCACCCGGCUAGUGGAUACGUGCAGGGCAUUAAUGACCUGGUUACACCCUUUUUUGUGGUUUUCCUUUCUGAAUUUGUCGAGGAGGAUGUUGAAAAUUUUGAAAUGGCGAGCUUACCCCUGGAUACGCAACGAAACAUCGAAGCAGACAGCUUUUGGUGCAUGAGCAAAUUGCUGGAUGGGAUUCAGGACAACUACACGUUCGCUCAGCCCGGCAUUCAGAUUAAAGUGAAGGCGCUGGAGGAGCUUGUCAGCAGAAUAGAUGAGGAUGUCCAUGUGCACUUUCAGAGGUGUGAGGUGGAGUAUCUGCAGUUUGCUUUCCGCUGGAUGAACAAUCUACUGAUGAGAGAACUGCCCUUGCGAUGUACCAUUAGACUUUGGGACACCUACCAGGCGGAGUCAGAAGGCUUCUCCCAUUUCCACCUGUACGUCUGCGCCGCCUUCCUCAUCAAAUGGCGCAAGGAGAUCCUCUCCAUGGGUGACUUUCAGAGCUUGCUAAUCCUCCUGCAGAACCUUCCCACAAUACACUGGGGAAACGAGGAGGUGGGGUUGCUCCUGGCGGAGGCCUACAGACUCAAAUACAUGUUUGCCGACGCUCCGAGCCACUACAAGAGAUGAGAACCCAACGCUGGACAUCAUGACCCCGGAAACCCAGACAAUGAUACGACUUAACAAUGGCAUCUGUCCAAACGCUACUUCUUAGCUCAGUUUAAUUUGACAUGGUGAAGAUAGAGCUCACCAAUUUCGUCCCAUGACGUCGAAUUUGUGUCGUCGUCUGUUACAGUUCACGAUCAAGGAUGAGACAAAGUAAAUAAGCGCAAACGGGAUAUUUUGGAAACACUCCCGGCAAGCCAUCUCUGUGGCUGACAGUUUCAUUUGCCUGGAGAUUAUUGCAGAAGAUUACUGACAAAAUGAUGCCAAGCUCUAAAACAACGGACGUACGAAAGCGUCACAUUAAAUCUGAAAGACGUGGCAUUCUUCAGAAGCACCAGUACUUUGGAUUUUCAAAGGGGUUCCCCUCAUCCUCCUUCAUUUCUUACCCCUGAUGUGGAGUAACCAGCCCGCCUUUAUGAAUCUCAGCCAAUAUUCUCAUGUUUUGUGUUAUUACACCAUAAUGUGAUCCUCUUGGCCUCUUUGCUCAUUGCGACAUUGAUUGUACCACAGGCUGGUACAUGGGUCGAUUCCCGCCUGUAAUCACUCGCAGACGCUAUUAUUGAAGAUCUGCAAUACAAGAAACUAUGGCAGCCUUCAAGAGCCAUAUUUUAAAAGACGCAGUCGAGCGUGACAUUUGGACCGAUUCGAAGAAUCGAUAGACAAUUGACUGAGCGAUGUGCUUUUAUGUUUAUCAGACUCUGAAGACUGUGAAUUUGAACAAUCUAAGAGCCCAGUUCUUUCUGAAGUGGCAUUGUAUGCAUAUGACCCUCUUGCACAAUUAUUUCGUAGAAAUAGGUACUUUUUAGAGUUUUAUCAUUAGCUGGAUGACUACUGAGGUAUAAUGUUCCAGCACAGACUGCUGUGGGGAAAUAUUCAUACUGGUUUGUAAAGAAUGAAUUAGUGUGGUUAUAUUAGACUGGAUAGUGCAACCUACUGACUCAAAGGAACAGUUCACCCCAAAAUAGAAGUUAAUUUACUCAACCUCUAGUUCCAAAUCUGUAUACAUGUCUUUGUUCUGAUGAACACUGUAAUAAUACUUCAUAAUAAGUGCCCCUGAACUGUUUGCUUUCUUUAUAUUGUUCAACAGAACAAAGAUAUUUACAACACAUAUUUUAUGGUUUUGCGUCCAUACAGUGGAAGUCAACGGAGGCCAAUGUUGUUUGGUUAUCAAAGUUCUUCAAAAUAUCUUCUUUUGUGUUGCGCAGAGGAAAGAAAGUCAUACAUGUUUGGAAUGACAUGAGUAAAUGCUAAAAUAGUUUUUAUUUUGGGGUGUACUGUCCCUUUCAACUGAAGGAUUUAGUUUUUAGCUAUAGACACUGAGCGCGGUCUGGUACUGCGCCGUGUUUGUCAGGUAUCUUCUCUCCACUCUCCGAGCAGCUGGUCUUGGCCCAAACCCAAAUCAUAAUCUUAAGUACUGUUAUGGAAACAGUAAAUCUAGUCUGAGAUCACUGUGAAAAGCAACUCAACCAUUGGCACGUCCCUUCGGUCUCCCAGGGCAACAGAUUUAUGCAGAUGUUUAUGCUAAUCAGAUGCAGAUGAUUUGAUUAUCUUUGAACCCCCGUUUCACCUCCUGGUACAUUUAUUAACUGCGGCUGAUACAUUUUGAUUGGCGAUUAAUUGUUAAAGUUAAUCUGAAUCUUCAAUUACGCCAUCAUUCCUUUUCAGAGCGUGGAAGUGGGAUCUUUAUAAAUUGCCGCGUAAUGCAAAGCGAUUUCUUCUCCGACUUUUUGAAAAGAAGAAGGUUUCAUUAAAAAUCUCUAAUCGUGUCGAAUCACGUGGCAAUCAUCGAGGACCAAAAGCCUGCAUGGAUAAUCUGAAUAAUAAAUGAAAUAUGUGUCUUUCUGCUCUUAUUAUCGAAGGGAAUGAAUUGUAUUGAUUCGAGUGAGGUUUCAGAAGUGAUGCCGAAUGGAGGAUUUUGUGAACAUGCUGAUGUGAAACGCUUGAAUAAUGUACAUUUGUCAGCUCGCUCUUCCUAUUCAUCUGUCAGUGAUAUUUGAGACCACCUGCACUAUACAGUCUUGCUGUUACAAUCCAUUUUUGAUGAAGCAUUUACAGUGCUGCGCUAGUUUUUUUUCUCGUUCAGGUUGACUUCUAGAAUAUGUCUUUGCAUACUAUAAUGAGCUGAAAUUCACUCCAGAGAUGGUAAUUAGUUUUCUCGUCACCCCUUUAAAGUGCACUAAUGAAAGAGCGACUUAUUUUAAAAGGUCAAAAACGCUGACCCCGCGAAAAGAUGGGUCAGUAAUUAUUCAUGAAAGGGUCGUAUUUUACCACCCUGUGAUGUGGUACGUGUUGAAUGAAGGUGCGGGUUAGGUUACGGCUCUGAGUAGGUUUAUUAUGGAGUCCAUAUUAAAGGCAUAUUAAUAAUUUUGGUCACCAUCACUGUUUUGAAGAGGGCGGGGCGGAUCUGUUGCCCAUUCGCGUGUUAAAUUCAACAAACUUUUCUUCGAAGUUUGAAACGGAUUUUUAAAUGAUGUUGCACAGGUGAAAAUAUUGUUAAAAUGUUAAAGCUGCAUUCUGUAAAUUAACCAUCUCUGUUUAAAACAUAAAAUUACAGCUUUCUUUAGGUACUUUAAAUGUGUUCAAAAACAACUGGUAUCUCAAAUCUUAAAUGCGUAUAAUAAGCUCACCGCUGUGAAUCAUGGUUAGGUUAUGUACUUGCCCAAUUAUCAGGAAAAAGUUACGGAGUGUAGCUUUAACAUUUACAAGUUGUUUUAGGCUGUUGUCAUUCAUUCAGUUAUCAUUUAAUUGCAGUUUUAUGUUAAGUAACAAAAUUUCGAGCAAUAACGUUAAACAAUCCGGUAGAUCUCUUUAUCCUCACGUCUAGGUUAAAAAGCCUCUUAAACAUGGAUGUGGCCGUUUAAAAGCACAGUAAAUUCUCAUUCGGUCUGGCUUCAUUAUGUUAUGUAAAAGCUGCUUCAGUCCUAAUGGAUAAAAUCAUCUCCAUUUGCAUCAUCUAUUCAUAUUCUUAGUUAUGAGAAUCAAAUUGAUUGCAAACGCUAUUUUAUGUUGACAUAAAUAUCAUGAUAAAAACGGCCAGAACAUUAUCGAACCGUAAAAGAAAACUCUGGAUUUCGCGAGCCCAUCUUGAUUGUAUUAUACGUGUUGCCUUUUUUCAUGGGUGUACCUUUUUCAUAAGCACAUUAAACCGCUUUUAUGUGCUUAUGGAACAAAACAUUUAGUGUUAUACUAAGGAAGCUUUCGGCUUCUCGACAAGAAGCCAAAUCGUAUUUAUGUUAUUCAUGAAUUUACACAUUUGUUUUGUUUUUAUUUUGAUUCCGCUUAUUUGGUUGUAAUACAGAGAACAAGACCUGUGUGGAUUGUACUUUACUUUUAAUUUGUUUGUGUUACCUUUUCUUAAGAAGAAAAAGGAAAAUGAUGUGCCCUGCCGCUACAGCGGCAUGUCUAUUUAUAGACGUGUCCUCCGUGUCUUAAGUUAUUUGUCUUAUAUCUGUGAUUUGUCCUGGGAUUUUCUGUUUCUCCCCUCUCCAUUUCUGGCUUCCCGCUUGGCCUUAUUACUUGUUUCGUUUAUCCGCUUCGUCCAUCAGGACUGUGUUUAGAAGAUAGACUUUCUUUCUUUUUCGAUUUCUUUUUCAAAGUGUACUCGUAAUUCUAGGAUCAAAUAUUUGCCUUUGGUCUGCAAAUAGAAAUGGUGCUUCUCUCUGUAUUAGUCAUUCUACUUGUGGCGUGUUUCAUCGGAAUGAUAUUUUUGGGCGGGUGCUGUUUUAUGAUAAUGUAGACGUGUUGUGUGAAAGAACAGUGCUGUGCUUUAUUCAGCUCAUAGCGUUCUGAUUGUGUUCACAGUUCGCAAUGCAAAUAAGACUCUGUAACAGCUUCACGGUUCGUCCCGACGCUUGCGUUGUUUUUCUCUCUCUGCAAAAAAAAUGCCAAAAUCCUCUAGUCAUUACGCUGGAUUCUGCUUAAUGAGUGCUUUUGUAGUCCACACUGCUUUUAGCCUUAACAAAAAAGGAAAUAUUUGUUGCUGUAUAUUUGAUUUUGGAUUCUAUUAAACAGUUGGUACUGUG